AUCCAGCCCAGUCAAAGCCCGCCGCUGUCACUUGCAGGUCCCUCACGACAAGCGAGGACUCUCAAAGGAAACUGCAAGUGAAAAAGUUCAAUGUUUGCUUCAGCUGAAGAGAAUAUUUCCCAAGUCCUGGUGGGAAAAGGUGAAAAAGAGGACCAGAGGAUGUUGCUAGUAGGUAUGGAGAUGACAGGAAGCCAUGACUAGAAGGGGGAUUGUCAACAGGAAACAGAGCACCGCAGCCAAUGUGACACUGCUGCACAGUACAGCUGCUGUGCUGUGCUGCCUGCUGGACUCUGAGGCCUGGGGAGCACUGUCUGUCUCCAAGAGAGAUUCUCCUGUCCGUUUGUCUGCUGGAGUUUGAAUUGUUCUGCACCUGCUUAAUCCACUUCGCUGGAGCUGGCAAACCCUGGGGCUUUUUUCUUGUCACCAGCUACUGUAAAGUCUUUGAACAGCUAUGGGGAGCAAAAGGUGUGUGUGAGCCCUUUCUGGGCUGGCAGCCGAGCACUCCACGGACCCCAGGCAGCUUUGAGGUGUCUUGGCUGUUCAGUGCUCUGCAGAUAUGAACGCUGAGCUUUGGGCCUGGUUGUUCUCACCAUGCUAGUACAUGGGAAGGACGACUUCCUCUCAGACAUAGCCUACAUCAUCCUGGAACUGAUCAUUGCAGUGCUGGCCAUCCUGGGGAACAUCCUGGUCUGCUGGGCCGUGUAUUUGAACAGCAACUUGCAGAACGUCACCAACUAUUUUGUGGUGUCCCUGGCGGCUGCUGACAUUGCCGUGGGCGUGCUGGCAAUCCCCUUUGCCAUCACCAUCAGCACUGGCUUCUGUGCCUUCUUCUAUGGCUGCCUUUUCAUUGCCUGCUUUGUCCUGGUCUUGACUCAGAGUUCCAUCUUCAGCCUCCUUGCUAUCGCCAUCGACAGAAUCAUUGCCAUCCGAAUACCCCUCAGGUACAAUGGCUUGGUGACCGGCUCUCGAGCCAAAGGCAUCAUUGCCAUCUGCUGGGUGUUGUCCUUCAUCAUCGGCCUGACCCCAAUGCUGGGGUGGCACAAGCGUGCCCAGAUCGAAGAGCUGGGUUCCAACUGGUCCUCUCCCAUCAACUGCAGCAACAGCAUGGUGGCGUGUCUCUUCGAGGCCGUGGUCACCAUGGAGUACAUGGUCUACUACAACUUCUUUGCCUGUGUGCUCCUGCCCCUCCUUCUCAUGUUUGGUAUCUACUUGAAAAUCUUCAUGGCAGCCCGGCGCCAGCUCAAGCAGAUGGAGAACAAGAUGGUACAUGGGGAACGUUCCCGCUCCACAUUGCAGAAGGAAGUCCAUGCAGCCAAGUCUUUAGCCAUCAUUGUUGGGCUGUUUGCAGUCUGCUGGCUUCCUCUACACAUUAUUAACUGCUUUACCCUUUUUUGCCCAAAUUGUGCCCAUGCUCCCCUCUGGCUGAUGUAUCUGGCUAUUAUCCUGUCUCAUGCUAACUCGGUUGUAAACCCCCUAAUUUAUGCCUACCGCAUCAGGGAGUUCCGAUACACCUUCCGAAAAAUCAUCAGCCAGCACAUCCUAGGCCGGAAGGAGCCCUUCAAGGCAGGAGCAGCCAGCUCCAGGACUUCCACCCAUGGUGGGGAUGCAGAGAACGCCAGCAUACGGAUCAGUGAGUAUGCGCUAGAGGUAUACACCAAUGGAGAGAUCCACAGGGAUCCUGAAAAGCAGGACUUAAACAAAUGCAAAGCUGGCUUGGAAUGGCACCAGAAUGGAAAUGCUCUGGACUUGGAGACAAAUGGGCAUCUCCCACAUUCCUGCAAAAAUGGGGUUCUCUCAGAUGCAUGCCUGAACAGGGAGCUUCACAGUGAAGAGCUGAUUGAUGCCCAGGUGUCUUACUCAGAUCUGGAAAGAGCAGCCUUUGCUGCCGCUGAUGUUUCCUGAUGAGACUUUCGAAGUUUUCCUGGUAGAAUUAUUUUUUUUUCCAUUGGUGACCUCUGCCAUGGCAGAAAGGGAGGUUGGGGGGCGGGGGGAGAGCAGUGUAUUCAGAUCGCUGUGGAGAAAGGGGUCCAUAUCCAGGACUAUUGGAUGAUCCUAAAUACCAGACUGGAGAAAAGCCAAGAGACCGCUGAAGUGGACUAAGGAAGGAGGGACACGUUACCCAUCAAUGACCUGUCACCAAGAGCAGUGCCAAGGUCGAGGAUGGCAUUCCAAGUUCAGCACUGGGAGACUGCUGAUGCAGAGAUUUUGUGACACUGUGCUGUACUGUGCCUGUGGUUGAGUGCUGGUUUCGCUGUCUUUUACCAAUGGAAACAGAAGCAUGGCUGGAAGUAUUUGCUGAAUAACAAAGAACAACUGGGAAGGGCCUCUAAGUGGCCCUGCAACAAGCAGAAGGGGGAUAGCAAAAUCUGUUGUCAGAAAGGAUGGCAGGAGCUGCUUGGAGAGGGAAGGAAUUUGCCUGAUGGGAACUCUGGAUACUUUCAACCAUGGCACUUUGUUUUUCAGUUUGUGUUUUUAAAGCUUAUACUGCAACAGGUUGCUCAAAUGAUUUUUUUCCCCACAUGAUGAUAAGGUUACUUUAUGUUAAGUUAUACAAGAUGGGCAACAACUCAUAUCUGUUCCCUGAGUGCUCAGUGUUCCAGAUGCACAUAGCAAAUAUAGCUUCUUAGUGCUCCACUGUGUCAAACAAAUCACCAAAGCUGAGCCUUGCCAAGGAUUUCCCUUGGCAAAAGGGCUGUUAGCAGGACGUGGUGCUGCAGGCCAGAGCUGUGGGCAGGGUUCUCAGGGCAGGGCUGUGAAGAGCUGUGGGUGUGUGAGCUCUUUGUAGGCUGAUGGCAUUUUCUGCUUUCCCCCUGUCUCUGUGCUUCUCUUCCUGAGCUCCUAGAAUGCAAAUUCUUUCCAUGGCCCCAGAUGUGCGUGAGGGGAGGUAAUAUUCCAUAUUUCAGUCACCUUCAUCCUCACUCAAAAGGCUGAGGGACUUCUUUCUUCUUUCUUAGGAUAGAGAGCAACCCACCCACAUACUUCACCUAAUUUUGGAAUUCCAACAAGCUCUGUUUAAAAACCUUUUCUCCAGUGAUUUCAGUUUUUUUAUUGUGAAGCCUGAUGUGUCCCUGUGGUGCAGAGGCCAACAGAGCUGGGCCUGUCUGGUUAGAAGAUGCUCCUGCUCUGAGAAGCUGAAAGGUGUCAGUAGCAUUGGAACUCAGUUUAGAAACUGCAGUUUUUACUUUCUGUAGAAAAGAACAGGCAAAUCUAUGCUGCAGCAAGUGUACACACUGCUGUGGUUUGUUGCAGAGGUGUUUCAUUGCAGUUUGGUAAUUCUCUGUGUCACAGGAAGUCUGGCAGCUCAAGGACAGCAGAAAAACACAUCAGCUUGAAUUCUGCCUGAACAUUGUCUGUGUUUUGUUUUUCAGACAAAUAAUCCAUGUCCAGUACUACCAGCCUUCUGGGGAGACAGGCAGUAGUGAUCCUACUGGGAAAAGAAAAGUCUUGUCAUUCCAGGGAUCUGAGGCUUAUUCUCUAGCUGAAAACAUCAGAAAUAUCCUCCCCCAAUCUGGGUUCUCCUCGUGUCUGUCCACUAAUGUUUCAGAAGCCAAGGGAAACUGGAUUUUCAUACUUGAGGAAGAGCAGGUUAAUUUUGCGUGUUCUUAUUCCAUGUUUAUAUAUUGUGAACUAUGAAAAUGAAAAAAUAGUUUUAUUUUGAGGAGAAUUUUCUUUUUUCCAGUUUCCCUGCACACAUAUGGGGAGAAAUUUGUGGUGCUGAAUGUGUUUGGGUAUGUAGCUCCUCUGGGAUAGCACAAAAUUUACUGUCAGAUGGAUAAAAAGGCGUGGCUACCACCACAGUCCUUAGCAGAAAGAGAGGCCAGUUUGUAAAACAAUAGGCUUCAUGGUUUAAUUGAACUGCUGCUUUCUUGGCAGGGCUCUUCCCCAUAGUUUGACGUCAGAGGAUCAUCACUCCAGUGAUACCACCAUUAAGGAGCACUAAGCCAUUUCCCUGUGACUGACGUCAUAGGUAGUUCCUCCGUAGGUGACUCGGGAUAUCGUUACUCUUGAUCCUUCUUGAUGGAAUAUUUCUGUAGGUUAUUUGUGUGGUGGCUUCUCUGACCUUCUGUAACAGCAGCAGAGGAACUCAGGAAAAUGGGGGGCUGUUCUCUUCAGGCCUCAGCUGGGAGCUAAAAUGUUUCUAAGAAUAACACAAGAUUACAUCCGGCACUCAUGUCAAUAACAAUUAGGUCCACAAAGACCCAGAGCAGGGAAGGAAGUGUGGGAAAAUACCAGCAUUGCUCAUGUGCUGGAACACGCAGAAGUGCAGAAGAGUUGCCUGUUGAGCUGUAGCUGCCAUUGUAAAGGGAUGGUUUGCACUGCAUUGGAUCAGACUUCCAAGAGUUGGUGUGGAUUGGCUGCUUUCUAUCGUUUCCUGAGCAUCUCCACACUCACUUGUGGCAGUUUCUUGCUUGAUUGUCCCAAGAAUCAAGUUGAUCUAUGUUGAUGGACAAGCUUAGGAUUGUUUUGCUUUCCAGAUUGCUCUGGAAAAUUUUCCUGCCCAACGAGAUCACCACGCAAACUUACUGACUUGCCAGAUAUCUUGAAUUUAGCUUUUGUGUUGCUGCUUGAGCUGCCCCCAAGUGUAUCCAGUCCCUUUUAAUAUUAGUGAUCCAGACUUGACGUGAAAAGGGUGUGUGAAGGGGGUGGGCUGUGUGCAGGAGGAAGGGCAGACAGGAGAGUGUGGUUUGUGGAGCUCUCUGCAGUCACAGAAAGGAAGGGAUUGCAGCUGCACCACGUGCUAGGCCUUCUGGCAAACAUUUGGCUGAGAUGGACCCUCAGAAGAUGUUUCUGAAGCAGCUGGGGAGAGCAGGAGCUUUUUGAACAGAAUUUUGGACUUCAUAUUUCUUGUUUCCUAGGGAUCAUAAUUUCAGGUCUUCCUGCUUUUUGGUUUGUUUUUCUUAAAAAAGAAAGAAGCACUAGGUCCCAUCAGCGAAGUGUGCUCUUUCCUUCUCCUGGCAGCUCUCCACCCUCGAGAGAAGUACCUGCCUUCCAAACUUCCUAGGACCACUCAUAUCCCCAGUUUUCUUCAAGCUGGAGAAUGUUUAGCUGAUCCAGUUGUUCUGGAUAAACAAAGAUGGUGGCAAGACAAAGGGAAGAAUGAGGUGACUAUCAGGAGAGGCUGGAGAAGACCUUCUUGGGAAUCCCAGGUGAAGUGGGUCCAGAGAGUAGGAGCUGAGGUCAGCAGACUAAUUUCAUUGAACGGGAACUUCUUGCUAAAAAAGUCAGAAGAAGCAUAGAGAGAUGAUGUGCCUCAUUUGGCAUGUGGGCAUUCCAUGAAUAUCCCCAUUCCCUGAAGACUCUUAAGGCUCCAGAGUUUAUUUGCUUUAUAAGAGUUUUGGAGAAAACGAAGUUUGAUCAGUUGCCAGGAGUAAUUUUACCAAGAGUUCUUGGGGCUCUCUCCUCAACAGGGCACUGCUUUUCUGUGUGUGCAGAUAAAUGCACUUACAGCUGUAUGCUGCAGAGUCCCUUUUGGAUCAGUGACAUUUCAAAGCUCUGCAAGCUUGAACUGCGGCUCUUGAACUGAGAAGCAAUUUGGCAUGGUGGGACAGGUGGGAAUACUGGAGACAGAAAGGAUUUUUUGCUGGUCCCAGAUGGGGGCCAGCUAGGACCACCUGCUAGGGUGCAGGUGGACUUGGAGUGACAUAGAAUAAUCUGAACCUUUGAUCAUUUUUUGAAGCUGCCUCAGGGGAUGCUGGUGGAUACAGAGAAGCCUCUAAGGUGUGGGAGACUGGAGGGUCAGGAUGGACAGGAAUUCUUGGUAGUGAAGGAGCAUUUGUAGAGUAGGUGUUUGGGAGGAUUUCAGAGGAGCAGGAAUAUGCUGGAAGGUGCUGUGGGGUGUAAAGAUGAUGCUGGCAUGAGACCAAGGUGUGACUUGCUGAGGAAGGUCUCUGGAAGGGAUGUACAGCCUUACAGCUCUCCUCGGGUCACUGCAAGGAUCAGCCCUUCCUGGGGUGUGCUCAGGGUGUCACAGGAUUGACUUUGUAGGGUCUAUAUUGACUGAGGCCGGGAUGGUUCUUAUGGAUUAUGUCCUUUCCAGAUACAUUGUUCCAUUUCAUGAGCACAUCCAGGUAUAACAAAUCCCCUUCUGCUUCAUGAGCAUGGGCCCUACCCUAAAACCAAAUCCUUCCAUCCAAGUCCUGUGGAAGGACAAACAGGCUGCAGUGGUGCUGCAAGGCAUUAAACCUGCAUGCAAUAGUCUCCAGUGGUGUUUGCUAAGUUCAGCUGCCUGAAAGUCAGUUCUCUCCCAAAUUGUUUUGGGCAUCAAAUUGCACUGAGUCAUUUCAGCGUUUUUUCUUUCCAGCCCUGAGCUUCUGGCUGUCUUUAUGGCAAAGCACAUAAAGAGUAACAAAAAUUGCCAGUUCCUCAUUUGCAUGAGAGGUGACUAACCCUGACAGAGAAUCCCCAGACUGGGGCAAUGUUGUUGUGCCCCCACCUUACUUGCCUGCUGGGGCUGUUCACACAAGGAUGUGUUAAAAUCAAGACUGGAACCUGUUGAUCUGAGAGCAUCCUUCACUCCCCCCACUGUCUCAGGAGCUGGUGUUCCUGCACUGUCCUGUGGAGAGGUUCUCUGUGGUCUGCAAACCAAGACACUAUGAGCACCCUGCUGCACAUGCUGUCAGUAUGAAACAAUUACUCUUUUAAUUUAAAUGUUUUACGAUAUAGGUGUUGUUUUCCCUCUGUCAGUUACCAUUGGGGGGUGGGAAGGGAGUGGGAGAAUCUGUGCAUGCAAAUGUAUUUAAAGUGCGUUGACCAAAGGUUUUUUUGAAUCUGUGAAGUUUUCAUAUCUGUGAAGUCAUCAGACUGCUGGGCA